GUAACAAAGAGAAAACCAGUCUUGGGAUAUACAAUGGUAAAGAAACUUCUAUUCAGAAAUUCCCUUACAUGGUUUCCAUACUACUCGAUAAUGAAUACUUUGGAUCUGGAGUGAUUCUAAAUGCUCACUGGAUACUGACUACCGGCUUCGACGUUAACUGGUUCCCACAAGACGAGCUGUCGUUCCGCGUGGGAAGUACUGACUCUGGGAAUGGUGGUCAAACUUUCACCGCUGCCAAGCUUGUUGUGCACGAGAAAUACACGGGAUCCUGGGACUACGAUAUCGCGGUCGUCAAGCUCAACAAGCCCAUCAAGUUCGGCAAGAACGCUAAACCCAUCAAGCUUGGGAACUAAAAGUCUCAAGGCGGCGACUAAGGCCGUAAUAGCGGGAUGGGGGCCAUCUUCCCAAUCUGAAACUAAUUCGACCACAUUACUGACAACUACGGUGACAGUGUACGACCGGAAGAAAUGUGAAAAAGCUUACCCCUCUGACCUUACUCCAAGAUUAAUGUGUACAUACGACACGAAAGUUGGUCCUUGUGGU